AUGAAGAUAUUGAACCUUCCUCCGGUUGGAUAUAGGAUACAGAAAACCAUUAUCUUCUUAUUGAUCUCCCUGUAUGUUCUGGAAUCCACCAUUAAUGGUGGAUCUUCAUGCUCAAUAUUGAGUUUUGUCAUGGUAUCAGAGCAGACUAAUGGUGCCAAGUUAUAUCAGAUUCAAAAGGAAAUCAAUGAUCUCGUUCAAGGCGUUUUGGAUAUCACAACUUACUACACUAGGAUGAAGAAACUUUGGGAGGAAUUGAGCAGUUUAUGCAUAAAGAGUCACUGCAAAUGUGCAUGUACUUGUGGAGCAAAGGAUCUUAUGCACAAAGUCGAACAGGAUAGGAGGUUAAUUCAAUUUCUCAUGGGAUUAAACGAAGUUUACACAAUAAUCAGAGGAAACAUAUUAAUGAUGAAUCCUCUUCCAUCAAUGGCACAAGCUUUCGCCCUAUUGAUUCAGGAAGAGAAACAACGAGAGUUUAAGCCAAAUAAUCAAUUGUUUGCUGAAUCCAGUUCUCUUCAUGCUAGUACUUCAGGCACAUCGUCAGGAGGCAUUUUUGCUGCUAAUACUUCAGGCACUUCAGGAAGUAAGGCUUUCAAACCCAAUUACUCUUCUUCUUCUUCUCACAGAGGCAGACCUUUCUGUGAUCACUGUAAGAGACCAGGUCACAUCAAAGAAAAAUGUUAUAAGCUACAUGGAUACCCACAGAAUUCCUACAAUGGGAACAAUAGAUCUCAAAGACCACAGAACUAUGGACAACCAGAUUACAAUCAAUCCUAUAGGCAACAAAAUUAUGGGCAAGCAAAUAAUGGUUUCAGGAACAACAACAAAGGUAAAGGUGUGGCAGCUAACUCUGCAGGAUUAUCUUGUGGUCUCAAUAUGGAACAGGGGAAUGGAUCUGAAAAUCAAGACAGCUCAAACAUUGGCAUCUCUAAGGAACAAUGUGAUCAACUUGCUUAUCUACUUCAUCAGUUUCAAACACUCAAUACAACAGAGAACUCUGGAAAUAUGACUAAUUCAGCUGUGAACUUUGCAGGUAUCACUGCUUGUACCUCUUCUGUAACUUUUGACAAACUUUCAUGUGAAUGUUAUAAAACAAAACCUGACCUGUGGAUUAUAGAUUCAGGGGCAUCACACCAUAUGACCUUUAUCAAGCAUCACCUCACCAAUGUUUUUACACUACCCUAUCCCUUAUUAGUUAGAUUACCUAAUGGAUACAAGGUUAAGGUCACAGAAGUUGGAAAUGUGCAACUGACACCACAGAUCACACUGUACAAUGCCCCUUCACUGAAGAGGCCUCUGGAAGUUGGUAAAAUGCAUGAUGGCUUGUAUCUCUUGUGCUCCAACUGUCUCCAAAAGAGCAGUCAUCCUACCUCAACAAAGGAUCCUGUUUCUUGUUUUUCCCUUCAUAGACAUGAUAAAAUGUGUUGCAAAUGUAAUUCCCAUUCUUGUUCACUUCAUCAAAAUAUAUUGAACUCCUUAUCUGAUAAUAAGAACAAUGUUGUUUCUGCUGAUGUGAGUGUUGCUUCUAGUUUAUUAAAGGCUGACAGUAUAGACCUCUUGUGGCAUUAUAGACUCGGCCAUGUUCCUUUUGUAAAAAUGAAAGAUCCUACUUCUUUUCCUUCCUCUCCUAUUCAAUCUCCAUUCUUUUUUUACUCCACUUCUUACUCCUCAUCUCAUUCUCCUGUCCAGUGUGAUCAAAACGUGUCAUGUAACACAAAUCCUCCAAUGUCUCCUGAACCUCCAUGUUCAUCUCCCCAUUCUCUCAUUGACACUCCCAUAUCUUCUCACCCUACAACACUUUCACCUCCACAACCGGUCCAACAACACAAUGUUGAAACCAGAAAAUCUAAUAGAGCACAUAAAUUGCCUUCAUAUCUAUCUGAUUAUGUUUGCACUGCACCUAACACAAAACAAUCCACAUUAACUCCUUCUUCCCUAACUGCCUGUUUUUCUCUAAACCACCAUAUAUCUCCUGAAGAUCUAGAUCCUGACAGUCAGGUUUUUGCUUUAAAUAUCACUCAUGAUUGUGAGCCAUCCAGUUAUGAAGAGGCAGCUCUUGAUCCUGCUUGGCAAACAGCUAUGACCCAAGAGUUUACUGCUCUGCAUGAUAAUAACACUUGGUCUCUCAUGCCUCUGCCUAUUGGUAAGAAAUCUGUUGGUUGUAGGUGGGUUUAUAAAGUUAAGCAUAAGGCUGAUGGAAGUGUAGAAAGGUAUAAGGCAAGGCUAGUGGUAAAGGGGUACACUCAACCUCAUGGCAUAGAUUAUACAGAAACAUUCUCUCCAGUUGUUAAGAUGACAACU